UCGAACAGAAAAAUAAGUUUGAAGUGAUUCAGCCUUUCCAGAAAAGUCAAUACCUUUGUCUGAAAGUGCUGAAGAACCUGACGGUAAAAGGAUAUUGCAAAUGGCUACACAGCAUAAAACCUGCGUUUACUGCCAAUUAAGUCCAACCGCUGCUAUCUUUUAAAACGUUCGUUUCUUAACGAAUCCUUUCUCUACUCUCAUUCGUCUACCAGUAACAAGCUGGUACUUCGAUAUAUAUUGCAGGUGGGAAAGAGUGGACGUGGGGAGGGGCAACUCUGGCGUCUGGGUCUUGGCAGCCGCGUCCCUCCAAAGCAGGAGUGAAUUCUACAGCUUGUGGCUUAUCGGCCCACGGGCUGGUGGAGGCUGCGAGACGCAGGAGAGAGGCAGGCGGCUAGGAGGUGGACAAAUGGAGUGCCUGAGGCUCUUCACUCACGUGGAGCAUGUCAACGCCGAACAGCCAGAAGCGUGCUAAAAACACUCCCCCCGCCCCAGACUCCUUCUACGAGCUCCCCCUGAAGAGGUGUCCGCCCGGGAGGAAGGAUCUCACCCGACUUCACGCAGAGGAGAUGAGCUACUCACUGUCGAUGUCCUCUAUGAGGCUGGCGGUACCGGGCAUAUAGUUCAUUUUGAGCUGAGAUAAGGCUGCAGAGUAUAGCGGCGGCGGGCCAGUGCGUCCAACACCUCCUUCUUUCUGACCGCAGUCGCCGCCUCGGCGGGACCGGGACAGGAACCCGGACCAGGAGCAGCACGUCCGCCCCGGCUUUCAGAAGCCGGGGCCUGCCGGAAACGCCUCCAUAUUAUUCCCACCCACUUCCGGUAUCACGUGCCCGUCCUCCGGAAGAGGCGGGACUGGCGCGGUCCCGGGACACCCAUUCCCCGCCCCCGGUAAAAGGGGAAGAGGAAGCUAGAUUGACUAGAUGGUAGGGAAAACGUAGUCUCCCUUUUAAGAAACGCAGGGCUGCAGCUCGUCCUCCAGCUUCCCAGACAGCCGCCCCCCGCCUCCCCCGAGGCACGGACCUCCGUCCCACGACUCUCGGGACUCGCCGCCGAAGGGGCGGGCCCGAGCCAGGAUUGGCUGCUGUCGGCCGACCCCUCUCCCUGCUCUCCAGUUCCUCUCGUCGGCGGGCGCUUGCGCCAUGGGCUGGCCGUGGGGGGCGGGAAGCGCUGCGGGGCAUUAGAGCCCAUGUCGGCCUUGAGGCGCUCGGGCUACGGCCCCAGCGACGGUCCUUCGUAUGGCCGCUACUACGGGCCGGGCGGGGGAGACGUGCCCAUGCACCCGCCUCCGCCCUCGUAUCCUCCUCGCCCUGAACCUCCCCAGCCUCCCAUUUCCUGGCGGGUGCGCGGGGGCGGCCCUGCUGAGACCACCUGGCCGGGAGAAGGCGGAGGAGGGGAUGGCUACUACGCCUCUGCAGGCGCCUGGUCAGAGAGCGGUCGAGCUGGAGGAAGCCACCAGGACCAGCCACCUUAUUCUAACUAUAAUUCUAAUUAUUGGAAUUCUCCUGCACGACAUAGAGCUCCAUACCCAAGUACAUAUCCUGUAAGACCGGAAAUGCAAGGCCAGAGUUUGAAUUCUUAUACAAAUGGAGCAUAUGGCCCACCAUACCCCACUGGCCCUGGGGCAAAUACUGCCUCAUACUCUGGGGCUUAUUACACACCUGGAUAUACUCAGAGCAAUUACUCCCCAGAGGUUCCAAGCACUUACCGUUCACCUGGCAACAGCCCAGCCCCAGUCUCCCGUUGGCUGUAUCCUCAGCAGGAUUGUCAGACUGAAGCAGCCCCUCUUAGGGGGCAGGUCUCAGGAUAUCCUGCUUCACAGAACCCUGGAAUGGCCCUGCCUCAUUAUCCUUAUGGGGAUGGUAAUCGUAGUGUUCCACAACCAGGACCAACUGUACGACCACAAGAGGACUCAUGGGCUUCUCCUGGUGCUUAUGGAAUGGGAACCCGUUACCCCUGGCCUUCAGCUGCACCCUCAGCACCACCUGGGAAUCUCUACAUGAAUGACAGUACUUCGUCAUGGGCCAGCAGCUCCUCCUCUCAGUCACCUCCUUCACCAGCACCCCAGCAGCCCAAGGACUCCUCAUACCCCUAUAGCCAGUCUGACCAAGGAAUGAACCGGCACAACUUCCCUUGCAAUGUCCAUCAGUACGAGUCCUCGGGAACAGUGAACAGUGAUCAUUCAGAUCUUUUGGAUUCCCAAGUCCAAUAUAGUGCAGAGCCUCAGCUGUAUGGUAAUGCUACCAACGAACACCCAAGCAGUCAAGAUCAGAAUGAUAAUCUUCCUGAAGAGUGUUUAUCUUCAGAUGAAGGUACUCCCCCAAGUAUUAAAAAAAUCAUACAUGUGCUGGAGAAGGUCCAGUAUCUCGAGCAAGAAGUAGAAGAGUUCGUAGGGAAAAAGACAGACAAAGCGUACUGGCUUCUGGAAGAAAUGCUAACCAAGGAGCUUUUGGAACUGGAUUCAGUUGAAACUGGGGGCCAGGACUCUGUCCGACAGGCCAGGAAAGAGGCUGUUUGUAAAAUCCAGGCCAUACUGGAAAAGUUGGAAAAAAAAGGAUUAUGAAGGAUUUAGAACAAAGGGGAAGCCUGUUACUAACUUGACCAAAGAACUCUUGAUUUUGGUUAAUUAGCCCUCUUUUUGAAAUGCUUGUUGGUGACGAGAAGCAAUACAUUCCAACUUUCCUUUGAUUAAAACUUGAAAAACUGGUAAAGGACUUGAAAGAACAUUUUAGUUAUGAGUUGUUUUCAGUUUUCAGACCAAUGAAUGUAAUAGGAAACUGUGGAGUUACCGUUAUUGCCAAGUAGACUCACUCCUUAAGAAAUUUGUGGAUAUCUACAAGCUGCUUCUUAUCAGCAGGAGGGAAACACGCUUUAUGUAACAGGCUUAUCAAAAAUCGACCAGAUGAGACUGGAUAUAAUCUGAGGCAAACAGGCUCUGUUUUUUUAACCAUCUGGAUUACUUGUCACAUUUUUGUACAUUGUGACUGCUUUCAACAUACACUUCAUGUGUAAAUUACAGCUUGGACUUUAGCCCUCUUGGACCUCUGUUUUGUUUUGUUAUUUGCAGUUCAUAAAUAUAGUAUUAUUCUCUACUUCUUGGUACGUUUUGUAGUAAUAUGUUUAAUAUAAUUAUUCAUGAGACUAUAUUGACAGCCAGAUAGUAUGGCAGUUCUGAAUGAAUUUAUAUCUUUUCACCACUUGAACAUAUUGCAAUGUGUACUGAGUUCUUGAGGUACAUUGGCCCCUUUUUUGUAUAGAUCAUUAAGGUAGAGUUUUACCACUUCUAGUUUUAAUGUUAAUACUAGAAGGCGAAUUGGGAGAUGGCAAAGGCACAGGAAUAAAUGUUUGUGGCCAUUUUCUUUUUUGCUUUUUUAUUGUAUUUGGAUAAAGAUCCACCUUAAAAUUGCCCUUCCCUAUCCCUUAAUUAUCUUUUCACUACUGUUGCUUCCAUGUAGAGCAUUAUGAUAGAUACAGAUAAAAAAAUUAAAUGCCACAGUUAGUAGAAAUAACUGCAAAAGUAAUGUGACCACUUGGAAAUGUACUUCUCUAUCUAAAAUAAUUAGUUUCAUCAUGGGGAUCCCUAUGAGCAGAUUUCAGCUCAGUUUAUAAUAAAAAACAAUGAGGGUAAACAGAAUUCAUGCUCAGGGAAUGAAUCAGCCAUAGUAAGAGUGGAAAAUUUUCUUUUAAAGGUAGAUUUGAUAUUUACCUUUAUUUCCCUAUGACAAAUUGUUUUAUUAAAAAAAGAUGUUGGUUACCAUUAAUAAUGGUCAUUUCAGAGCCAGAUUUAAGAAAGGGAUAUUGAAAUGGUCUUAGUUGGGCUUGCUUGGGUAGCUCUAUGCUAUGGUGUAGAAGAGACUUAGGUAAAUGGUAAAUGACUUACUUUUUCUAUUGGAAGUGAGUUCUGGUAUACAGUAUCUGUUAUUGGAAAAACAGCUGUUUCUUAAUAAGAUAUCUAAAUGAUAACUUUUUUCUAGACUAUGAGGCCUAUAAAUAAUGAUAAAUCUGUCAGCCAUCUCCUCUCCUUUUUUUUUUUUUUAAAAGUGGGCUCCAUGCCCAAUGUGGAAGCCCUGUGUGGGGCUUUAACUCCCAACCCUGAGAUCAAGAGUUGGCCAUCCAACUGACUGAGCCAGGCACCUCCAUCUCCUCUCCUUUUAAACAAAACCAAACACAUGAUGAGAAGAAAUGGAGUAAAAAUACUGGCUGGGUCUUACGGAUGGGAUGAGUGAUUUUAUAAGAUAAUAUGGUGACAAUUUUAUUCUAGGAUUUUCUUUUUUGGCCUAAUACAGGAAUGUUAAAAAAAAAAAAAAAAAGGCUUCCUAUGAAAAUUAGAAAAAUGUACUUGAAACUAAAAAUUUAGAAAGGGGAGAACCUUAAAGCUGACUUAGUGAGACAGUGACUAAUUCAGGAGAGAACACUGCUAUUUAACUGAAGACCCAAGAUACCAAUUUCCACAAAGUCUCGAUGUUUAUACACACACAGACACACACAUACACACACAUUAUGCACAUAUAUAUGUGUGUAUGUUUUUUAGCAGUUUUUUUUUUUAAUUUUGAGAUAAUUUUAAACCUAAGGAGUUGUAAAAUUAGUAGUUUCUGUAUACUCUUCACUGAACUUCCCCUUAUGUUAAAUAAUAUCUUACAUAACCAUAGAACAAUUGUCAAAUUAAGAAAUUAGUCUUGAUACAAUAUUGUUAACUAAAGUAGAGAUUUAAAAAAGUAGAGAUUUUCUUGUUUUUUUCACUGAUGUCCUUCUGUUGUUCCAAGAUCCCAUGCAGAAUCCUACCUUGCAUUUAGUUGUCAUGUCUCUGUAGUGUCCUCCCAAUCUGUGACAGUGUAUGAUAACACCUGAUGUCACAAUGUGUUUCUGGUGUUGUUAACCUUAAUCUCUAAGGUGGCAUUUGCUAGGAUUCUCUACUGUAAAAUUACAUUUUUCUUUGUAAUGACUAAAUAUUUGCUGGAGAUACUUUGAGAUUAUGCAAAUAUCCUGUUUCUGCUUAAACUAUUGCCCACUCAUUUUCACAUCCAUUGCCAGAUCUUGCUUGUGUCAGUUACUACUACUGUGGUGUUCUAAUGGUGAUUCUCUGUUUUUCUCAAUCUUCUACAUUUAUUAAUUGGAAUUCUUCUGUAAGGAAAGGUUAUCGCAUUUGGAUAAGUCAGGAUUAAGUACAAACUUAGAAUUUAAAGAUGUAAACCAUUUAAAAUGAUAACAAAAACAAAUAUCAAAGAAAGGAAAGCUAAAUUGGUAAUCUGUUUCAGAAAAUAUAAUGAACUUAAGAAGGAAAAUGGUAUUUAUGAUCUGUGGGUUUGGUUCAAUAUUUGACCUAGUAUUGACUUCAGAUUGAAUUUAAAAUAUUCUCAGAGUUUCACAUAUGGACUUUCUAAAAGUAUCUUAAUUUAUAUUACUUUGGGGAUAGUUUUUGUCAAAGUCUUGAAUAAAGUUACCCAGACCUGGCAUGUUAAACACAGCUAUGUCUUCUUUAUAAUAUGCCACUAUUGUUUCAUAUAUAAAUGCCAUAUAUAUUUAGUAUUUAGACAAAUAUGCCCUAAUGAAGUUUCUGGAUGAUGGGUUAUGCUAGUGUCUACAUUGUUGGAGAUCUUCUAAAUGCCUGCCUUUUUUUUUUUAAAAGAUUUAUUUCUCCAUUCAUGAGAGACCCACACACACAGAGAGGAGGCAGAGACAUAGGCAGAGGAAGAACCAGGCUUCUCACAGGAAGCCUGAUGGUGGGACUCGAUCCCCAGACCUUGGGAUCAUGCCCUGAGCCAAAGGCAGAUGCUCAACUGCUGAGGCACCCAGGUGUCCCUAAAUGCUUUCAAAAUAGAUUUUGAAAACAGUUCUUUAGUGUUUUGUUUUUUAAGAUUUUACCUAUUUGUUAGGGAGAGAGAGAGAGUACAAGCAGGGGGAGAAACAGAGGGAGAAGGAGAAUCGGAGACUCUGUUGAGCAUGAAGCCUGACUCAGGGCUCCAUCCUAGGACUCUGGGGUCAUGACCUGAGCUGAAGGCAGGUAUUUAACUGACUGAGCCACCCAGGCGCCCCAGUUCUUUACUGGUUAAUGUAAUACUAUUAAAGGUAGGCAGAUUUAAAAUAAAGUUGAAGACUAUAGAUUACAUUGGCAUUUACAAAAAAGAUUUUUGGGAAAUGGAUAAUUGAUGACUGGAAUUAUAAUUCUAUGUAAGUUAUAAAGAGUCAGUUCUGUGACAAGGACCAUGCUCCUGCUCCCAGUACCUUGUUCUCUUCUACAAAAGCAAGUACUUUCAACUGAGUCUUUAACAAAUUAUCUCCAUAUUUUUGUUGUUCUAUUGUUUUUUUAGUUACUAUUAUCUUUUACUUCUAAUCUUUAUUAUUUCCUUCCUUCUCCUACUUUUGAGUUUUGUUAUUGUUUUUCUGGCUUCUUUGGGUGUUAUCUCCAUAUUUUAAUUUUUUAUUUAUUUUUUUAAAGGUUUUAUUUUUUUAAGUAAUCUCUACACCCAGUGUGGGGCUUGAAUUUAUAAUAACCUAAGAUCAAGAGUUGCACAGUCCACGGACUAAGCUAGCCAGGCACCUCUCCAUAUUUUUUAGUGAACAUAAUUGUGCUUCUUUUGAUUUACCAGAAGCCUCUACUCUAUAGAGGCUGAAGGUUUAGGUUUAUCUCUCUGCUCUUACCAUACACACAUCUCAGUCCUCAUCCUCCGAAACUCAAAAGCUACUCCCCCCAAUCUAGUUAUAUGAUGAUUUUGUUGUACAUUAUUAUGACCAUGUAAAUGCUAACCAGAGCUGUCAUGUUGUAAACUGUGAUUACUCUACCUUUCCUGAACAACUCCCUUUUUUCCCUGCAGUUAAUCAUUUGCCCACAUACUUAUAGCUAAUUUUGAUGUCAAACCCUCCAUCAUUUGUGUAAAUCUUCUUUUAAGAUGUUCAGAUUGGGCAGACCUGGUGGUCCAGUGGUUUAGCACUGCCUGCAGCCCGGGGUGCAGUCCUGGAGACCCAGGAUCGAGUCCCAUGUCGGGCUCCCUGCAUGGAGCCUGCUUCUACCUCUGCCUGUGUCUCUGCCUCUCCCUCUCUCUGGGUCUUUCAUGAAUAAAUAAAAUCUUAAAAAAAAAAAAAAAAGAUGUUCAGAUAUGUAUUUUAUCAAUUUCAAACUCCUGAAGUAGUCUACCCUGGAGCCUUCUGACUAGAGAACUGGUAGGUUCUGAGUGCAUAUUAUCAUUCUGGGAUCUACUUACCCUGGGGAUUCUCUUUGCUUCUCCUGCUGGUUUUCUGUUUUCUGUAGUUUGUCUUUUUCUUAAUUUAUUCUGUCAGUUAGGUAGAGCAUAUUCUCUGGUAGCUUCCUGCAAAAGGUUGCCUGAGAAAUCGUUUUUUUACAUCUUGCAUAUUUGAAAAUGUAUUUUUAUGAUCCUUUGUAUAAAACCCUUCUCUCUGGAAGCUUGUAUGAUAUUUUUGUCUCAUGUUCUGAAAUUUUCUAGCAGUAUAGCUUUGGUGUGGGUUUUGUGCAUUUUACUGGGCACAUUUUACUCUGGAAACUCAUACCCUAAGUCCUAAGACAUUGUCUUGAUUUUGUGUGUUUAUUUUCCCCCUCCAUCACCCUCAUCUCUGUUAACUCUUUCUAGAAUUUCUGUUAUAGACCUCUUAGACUGGUUUGGUUUUUUUUAAGAGAGAGAGGGACAGAGUCGGGGAGGGGAGGACAGGAGAAUCUUAAGCAGACUCCAUGCCCAACACAGAACCUGAUGCAGGCCUUGAUCUCAAUCCUGAGAUCAUGACCUGAGCGAAAAUCAAGAGUUAGAUGCUUAACCCAAUGAGCCACCCAGGCACCCCUAGAGUGGUUCUUUGAUUCACUUUUUUUUUUUUUUUACUUUUUGCCUUUCUCCUGUACUUUGUGGGAGCUUUACUUGCCUUUAUCUUCUAAAUCACUGAAUUUUACAUUUCUGUAUAUUUUUAAAUUUUAAGAAUUUUUUUGUUCUCUAUAUUCCUUUAUGGAAUUCUGAUUUUGUUUGCAGUUGUAGUAUGUUCUGAGGAUGAUCAGUGAUAAUUUCUCAAGGUUUCCUUUUUACUAAAUAAUGGAUUUCCUCCAAAAUUGCUUUUUCCUUUCUUUUUUGAUCUCUAUCUUAAUCAUGCUAGAGAUAUUUUCUCCGAUGUCUGUUAGUUCUUGACUGUGUUAUACUGGAGACCUAAAAUUAUUUCUAGAAAAUGCUUCCUAUUUUGCUUUUAUUUUUUUCAAAAUCUCUGUUGGGAAUAGCUCUUUUACAUCUGAAAUUAGGAAGGGAGGAUUGUCUGAAUAAUUUUUUUUUUCUUAAGAUUAUUUAUUCAUGAGAGACACAGAAGCAGAGACAGAGGGCGAAGCAGGCUCCCUACUGGGAGCCUGAUGCAGGACUUGAUCCCAGGACCCUGGGAUCACAACCUGAGCAAAGGCAGACACUCCACCGCUGAGCCACUCAGGCAUCUCUGUCUGAAUAAUUUACAUUGCUGUGUGUAAAUGGGAGAUUUUAUAUUCAAUGUGGCUUUCUCAUCAGGAGUAGUGGGCACAUUUGUUGUAAUUAAAUGUGAGGGAGAGGAGGUACCAGCUCAGAGAGUGAGGAUUUAGGGGUUUCUGAGAUCAGCACACAUUUUCUGCCAGUCAACUCUUAAAUGUCUUUAUAUUUUGCAAUAUAUACUUUGUCUUCAUAGGCUAAUGUUAAGAAUAGUAUUGUCUAAUAAAUUAUAGGACUCCUAGUUACAUUUGGGUUUCAGAUAAAUAACAAUCACUUUUAAAAACAAAUACAUUCCAAAUAGUAUAUGGGACAUCUAAUAACUAAAAAUGCCUGUUUUCCUGAAAUUUAGAUUUACUGGGGGUACUGUAUUUUUUAAAGUUCUUAUUUUGGAUACUUGUAGAUUCACCUGCUGUUUAAUUAUUUUUUUAAGAUUCUAUUUAUUUAUUCAUGAGAGAGAGAGAGAAAGAGGCAGAGACACAGGCAGAGGGAGAAGCAGGCUCCAUGCAGGGAGCCUGAUGUGGAACUCCAUCCUGGGACUCCAGGAUCACGCCCUGGGCCAAAGGCAGGCGCUAAACCGCUGAGCCACCCAGGGAUUCCCUCACAUGCUGUUUUAAAUAAUGCACAGCUUUCAUGUACCUUUUACCCAGUUUCCUGCAAUGGUAAUGUUUUGCAAAACUUACUGCAGUGUCACAACUAGCAUAUUGACACUGAUAUAGUCAAUAUACGGAACGAUUCCACCACCACAUUUAUUCUUUCUAUUGACACCUACUUAUCCUUUCCCACCAUACUAAACCCAUGGCAAUCAGUUUCCCAUUUCAAGAAUGUUAUAUAAGUAGAAUUAUACAGUUUUGUAACCAUUAGAGAUUGGCUCUCUUUCACUCAGUGUAAUUCCUUUGAGAUUCAUGUGAAUUGUUUCCUGUAUCAGUAGUUCUUUUUUAUUGCUAAGUCUAUGAUGUGGAUACCACAGUUCAACCACUUACCUAUUAAAGACAUACAAAUUUCCAAUUUGGGGCUAUUAUGAAUAAAGCUGUUAUGUAGAUUCA